AUGGAGUCCUUAGAUUUGUAUUUCUGUGGGCUGAAAGGAAAGUUGCCUAGUUCGUUGGGAAUGCUGAAAAACCUGCAGCAUCUUGGUCACAACAGGAGUUUGACGGAAGCCCAUUUCAUAGAUCUCACAAGAUUAGAGUCUUUCCGAGUUUCAUCAAAUGGUUUGGAAGGUGAAAUUCUUGAAGAAAUAAGUGGUCUAAUGGCAUUGAGUACCUUGAACUUGUUGAUGAAUCUAUUAAGUGGAAAUAUCCCCUCCAAGAUAGGAAACUUGUCUCGGCUCGAAACACUUGACCUCUCCCAAAACCAUCUGACAUUCUUGUCUCACUUGAACUUGUUUUACAACAACUUGAGUGGUAGGAUUCCUUCGGGCAGCCAACUUCAGUCGCUCGAUGAUCCAUCCAUUUAUGAAGGCAAUAAUCCUUCAUUCUGUGGGCUUCCUCUUUCAAAAUGUCCAGGAGAAGAUGAUGAUGAUGAUGUGCCUCAUGCAAAAGACGAUGUGCCUCAUGCAGAAGACGAUAAAGAUCAUGUAGUCAUGUAG